UGUGGAGGCAGGAUAAUAGCCGCUCCCCAUUGUUUUCAUGGCGUGUGUGAGGAGCUCUGCUCCACCUGACCUCAUCUCCAGCAUUUUACACCAGAAAUGGAAAGGUAUGCACGAUGACAGACAGCCUGGGCAGCAAGAGUGACCAUUCUGGUCAGUCAGUCAUACUGGCUGGCAUUCGGGCACGCAUGGAUGUAGUCUGCGUGCUGGAUUUGAGUCACACAGAGUGCCAGAAUCAUCGCAGAAAAGCAUGGGAAGAGGUCAAAGCCAGCUGUCUUGCUGUUAAUGCCAACUGCUACCAUAUUCAGUUUGAAAAGCUAGACUUUGGUGAAACCAAUGUUCUAGACCAGUUCUACAAUGCUGAUGUUGCCAUUGUGGACCUGUCAAUUGUUUUACAGCAGCAUUCUCUCUUCUACCAUCUUGGUGUUCGUGAAAGCUUUGACAUGAAAGAAAACAUCUUACUAUACAAUGAUAAUGACUCUGAAGUCACCAUGCCACUCAAGUUUUCGUGCAGCAGCUACAUUUUCAUAUCAUACCGCCUCCUGGACUCAGGCCAGUGUGUCUUGACAGAUCCCAGCAUGAGAAUUGGAGCGGAUGACAAUAUUCCUUCUGACUCUAGAAUACUUCUUUCUACGAAACUUCGUAGACAAUUACAAGAUGUGGAAAUUCAGUCUAAAGCUCACAUGAAGGAGAAAUUCCUAGCUGAUCUCCGUAAAGCUCGGGAUGUGUUCUCUGGAGAUGAGCUCAAGAAGCAGCUACACAAUCUUCGAAGACGAUUAGAUGACCCAAAUAUUUUGUCUGUUGAUGUUGUUCUCAAUAUGUUGAUAUCAUUACGUGAGAUCCAGGAUUAUGAUGCAAUGGUUCAGCUGGUAGAUGAUCUCAAGACUAUUCCUAACCGUAAACUUUAUACCAGCACUCCUGCUAUUAGGUUCUUGUAUGGAUUUGCACUAAAUAGACGAAAUAUGGAAGGUGACCGAGAGAAGGCCCUUGCUGUGAUCACAAAAGCAUUAGAAAAGAAAGAGAAUGAAGUACCUGACAUGGUGUGCCUCUGUGGUAGAAUAUAUAAGGAUAAAUUUGUUGAAUCUCAGCACACGGAUAAGGACAGUCUGCAUAAUGCGAUUUACUGGUACAGAAAAGGCUUUGAAGUGCAGCCAAAUGAAUAUGCUGGCAUAAACCUGGCUACACUGCUUGUUAUAGCUGGCAAUGACUUCUCAAAAUCAGCAGAACUGAAACACAUAGGAAGGGUUCUCAAUAACCUUAUUGGUAAGAAAGGUUCCCUAUCAUCUCUAGAAGAUUACUGGGAUGUAGCAACCUUCUUUGAGAUUAGUGUUUUAGCAGAAGACUACGGGAAGGCUGUUCAGGCAGCUGAAUGUAUGUUCAAGUUAAAGCCUCCAAACUGGUACCUGAAAUCCACAAUUGGCAAUAUUAUGCUUAUCAACCGGUUCAGGAAGCGUCCUGAAGACACUGAGCCAGGACCAGAGGAGACGAUCUUCAACUUCUGGAUUGAUUAUUUUGUGGAAGCUACCAAAACUGAGCUUGGGGAUGUCAUCAGAUUUCCAAUUUUGAUAUUAGAACCAACAAGAAUGUACCAACCAAGUUAUUACUUACCAAGCUAUGUGACUGUGAACCUUGGAGCAGAAGAGAAAAGCAUCCAGGUCUGGAACUUGUGUCUAGAUCAAAUGAAAGGAAACUGUCGACAGGUCCAUGACUGGCUCUUCAAUGCCUCUAGCAUUAAAACUAUCACGCUCUAUAAACGAGAUGAGCGAGCGGUUUUCCUGUAUGUUCAAGAAAACUCGGAUGACUUCCAAAUGUUUUUUCCGUCUGAACAGUGUCGCCUCAUCUUUUUUCGUUUGGUGCAGGAGCUUACUGUAAACCAAAAGGGUACUGUCAUGGACUUGGAAGCUGAAAUAUCUUCAGGCCCUAUUCAGUACGAGUAUGAAUUGGAUGACAGUGGGAAGCGAAUGGUUCUGGGCAAGGGUACGUAUGGUGUUGUUUAUGCUGCCAGAGACCUCAACACUCAAGUUAGGAUUGCUGUUAAAGAAGUGCCAGAAAAAAAUAUUGGAGAAGUUCAGCCCUUGCAUGAAGAGAUCAAGCUUCACUCGGAGCUACGACAUCGUAACAUUGUACAGUAUUUGGGGACAGCUUCAGAAGAUGGCUUUUUCAAGAUCUUCAUGGAACAGGUGCCAGGAGGGUCAUUAUCUGCCCUCCUUAGAUCAAAGUGGGGACCUUUGAAGGAGAAUGAAGCAACUAUAGCCUAUUAUACUAAGCAGAUUCUAGAGGGAUUAAAGUAUCUCCACGAUCAGAAGAUUGUGCAUAGAGAUAUUAAAGGUGAUAAUGUUCUAGUCAAUACAUAUACAGGAGUGGUAAAGAUCUCAGAUUUUGGUACAUCUAAGAGGCUGGCAGGAGUCUGCCUCAGCACUGAGACUUUCACAGGAACUCUACAGUACAUGGCACCUGAAGUCAUUGAUAAAGGAGCCAGAGGAUAUGGAGCUCCGGCUGAUAUCUGGUCCUUAGGCUGUACGAUAGUAGAAAUGGCAACAGGUAAUCCCCCAUUCAUUGAGCUAGGUUCUCCUGAGGCUGCAAUGUUUAAGGUUGGUCUCUACAAGAUGCAUCCAGAUAUACCUGAAGAGCUGAGUGAUAAGGCAAGAAGUUUCAUUCUUCGUUGUUUUGAGGCAGAUCCAACCAAGAGAGCUACAGCUGCACAACUUUUGGAGGAUCCUUUUUUGACUGAGCUUGGUAGAAAAAAGAAAGGAGUGAGACUAACUAACCAACAGGAGUUUUCAAGGAGUAUAUCUGUCCCUGCUGACCGUAACUUAAGACAGCAUGGUGAGAAAUGUCGACUUGCUAGCUCUCCAGAUGACAGCCUAGAGUUGGUAUAUGGUUAUGGGUCGCGAAGCAACACAGCUGGGAGUCCCAGCGCAUCCCCAGCAUCCCCCUCCUCAUACCUCUCAUCUCUCUCAUAUUCCAGCUCUGUAAUGACUGGUUCUGACCUUGGUGAUGCCCUCAUGACAAGACGAUCAUCAAGUGGUGGUCUGCUCUCUCCAGAAGUGGAGUCUCCUCGUACAGAUGGGGAGCAAGAUGGGUUCUACCUCUUAAAAAAGGAUUCUCAGCGCCGCAUGACUCUUACCCGAGUGCUCGUACAUGACCAGCACAAGAUUACUGAGAUCUGGUAUCAAAGGCUUCAGCAUGAGCUGGGCACUGAUAAACUCCUACUUACUCAGGAACACCUCCUUCACAUCAUGGUUGGUCUGCGAGAUUUUAUUCCAGAACAUAAAAAGCUAUCAAUUGAACAAGCCUUUGCUACCCUGAAGGAUGAAGUUAAUUUUGAGGAGGCACUCAACCAAAUAAAUCUUGCACUCUACAUCUUUCAAGAUGCCGUAAAUGAAGUGCUGAAAAGUCACAGCAUCAAGCCACACUGGAUGUUUGCCCUGGAUGACUUAAUACGUAGUGCUGUCCACUGUGCAAUAAUGGUCUUGUCACCGGAGCAAGAUAUAUUGCUUGGUCCUGGUGAUGGAGGUGCAGGUGUACUCAUUGGGGGCCCUGAUCGACCCAGGGACCUUGUUGAGGAAGGCAGCACUUCGGGGGUCUCCACCAUAAAUUCCACAAAGUCUGCUAAGCUACUUCAUGACUUUCAUCACUCCAAACAUUGUCACCACCUUCAAGAGAGCCUGCAGGCUACUAGAAUUGAGAAUCUUCGGUUAUUGGAGGAGCUGUACUUGUCUGAAAAAGUACGGGAUGAGGUAGACAGUCAAGCCCAGCCACCAAUCAUCAAUGUUAAUGCCCAGAUUUCUAGCACUCCUGAUGGUGCUGCCUCCUCGGCAACCACAUUUCCCCAAGAGGUCCCCAUGAUCCACGUGUCCUCACGGAACAUAGAUAUGGAGCUAGUUAAGUGGCUUCAGUCUCUAGCGAUAGAUCGUGAUGUUAUUGACAAGUUCCUUGCUGAAGACUACACCAAAGAGGAUGUACUCAAUUGGAUGACACAUGAUGACCUGAGGAGGAUGAGAAUGAGAGGAGGGGUUGAACUUCGUAUUUGGCGUAACAUGGUACAGCAUCGUCAGGCCAUGGGUCUACCCAUUCAUCCUGGAGAUCCUAAUGUUUCAGCAUCAGUCUCCAGGAGUGUUCCAUCAGAACCACACUCACGUUCUACUAAAUUAUAAAACAUGCUCAACAUCCGAUUUUGACACUGCUUUCCUAUUUUAUGUGUAAAAACAUAUUGUUCAUAGGUGUUCUUGUAUAUGAUGGGCUUAAUUCAUCAACACAUGCAGGUCUCUGUGUCUUGGACACAUUGUUGUAGUAUUAAUAAUAAACUCAAUCAAAAUUGAGUGAAUUACUGACAAACACACUCAGCUUGCCAGAGUAACUGCUUAAGUGGUGAUGUCAGUGGUGCUCUAUCUCUUCAGUCAUGCUGACUUGUACUCAGUGUAUUAUGCAGUGAUUCCAUCCCAAGCUGUCUCCCUUGGUGCUAGACUAACUAAGAGUUAUUAAAUGAAUUUUUUAAACUUUUUCUAUGCUUCCUGUGAUUGGAAAUACAGUUUCCAAUAUGGAUGAUUUUAUAAAACUAUGUUAAGGAAAAUGCUUGUAAUCUGUGGUGCUGUAGUUGCCUUGCCAACAUUAUUAUAAGUAGAGAUGUAUAUAUGUAUUGUAUUUGUAAAUAACAGUAGUAGUUUUUAUUAACUGCUUGAUAUAAAAAACACUAUAAUGCCUUCAUAGGUUGUGAAUGCACUUUAUAUUAGUUGUUUAAGCAUAUAUAAUUGCUGUUUAUUUUCAGCAUCCAAAACCUAUGCCAUUUUGAUUUUUUAAUCAUGAUUUUGUACAAACUUUAGAUUGUUAAGGAUAUGACAGAAUUAUCAUAUUGAAAAUGUUGAAAUGCCACAACAGUGUAUUGGCCUACUGUUUUUUUUUUUUUUUACCAACUCCCUUUUCCCAAGCUCAGUCAUGAGUUACCACUUCUAUUUAUAAAAAAAAAUGUGUGUGUGUGCAUGUGUACGCACGCACAUGCAUGCAUGUGUGUGAGUGAGUGAGUGAGUGUAGAGAAUUAAAAGAUGAUUUUUGCUUCAUUUAUUGGUGCAGUAUAAUUGUGUGAAGCCUUGCAGCUUAACCUAUCUUUCUCUCUUUCUUUCUCUCUUUCUCUUUCUUUCUCUUUCUUUCUCUUUCUCUCUUUCUCUCUUUCUUUUUCUUUCUUUCUCUCUUUUCUCUCUUUCUUUCUCUUUCUCUUUCUUUC